GCAUCUUUUUUUUACUGCGUGUAUCUUACCACAAUGGCGUCGGACGAAGAACGAGAAAGUAGGCCCAGCCGGAGGCGCUACGAGGGCGAGGACAACGAAUCCAGAGAUGAUCGUCGAUCAAAAUAUACAGAACGUGACUCUGGACGCCGAGAACGUCGUCGAUCACGCGACCGACGCGAGCGAAGACGGUCCCGGACACCAGAAUCUUCACGGCGGAGGUCACGAAGCCGAGACCGUCAACGAGACACAAACCGUGAACAUAGACGUCGAAGAUCACGAGACGAUAAGAGUUCAAGGCGAAGACGUGACGAUGAUGACGGGGGAGGUGACAGACGGGUUGCAAAGCGAAGCCCCGUGAGGCGCACUGGCCCUUUACCAUCUCAGGCAGACUCUUUCGCCGUUACCACCGGCGAGGCUCCCGAGAAACCCAAGGAAAAGCCCAACUUCGGAUCCACGGGCGUCUUGGCGGCGGCAUCGAAUUCAGUGGCACAGGCGGACGGCACGACAAUUACACUCAAGUAUCACGAGCCCUCCGAGGCGCGUAAGCCCUCGCCACGCGAUGUCUGGAAGUUGUUCAUUUUCAAAGGCCAGGAUAUUGUCGACACGAUAGAGCUCAGCACGAGGAGCUGCUGGCUCAUCGGGCGAGAAAUGUCAGUUGUGGACUUGCCCGCGGAGCAUCCGAGCAUCAGCAAGCAACACGCCGUGAUUCAAUUUCGCUAUGUUGAGAAGAGGAACGAGUUUGGCGACAAAAUUGGCAAAGUCAAGCCGUACCUUAUUGAUCUGGAAAGUGCCAAUGGAACGAUGUUGAAUGAUAGCAAGAUCCCAGAUAGCAGAUAUUUGGAGCUCAGGGAUAAGGAUAUGAUCCAAUUCGGGCACAGCACGAGAGAGUAUGUGAUAAUGCUUGCUCCACGAGAUUGAUCUCUACGAAAAUGAAACGAUGCUCAUUUGAGCAUGUGGUGACCAGUUUCACUGGAGGUUCGAGGUGUAUAUCCAGGAUGGAAUC